CUUUAUUGUUAGUUCUCGGGCAUUGUAAAUUCCUAUUUAUUUCUUAUGGUGCCUUAUCUUUUAGGCAUCAUUUGUCCUUUUCAGAACCAUGGAUAGCGACAGCUUCCAACCUUUCACUAACAUUUUAUAUUUUAUGAAGGGGCCCCAUUAUUUAUUUUUUGUUAAAGUGUAUUUUUCUGGGGGGUAAUCACGUUUUCAGAAUAAAAGUUUGCAUUUAAAAUAUUUUAAACUUAAAAUAAUGUGAGAAAACAAUGUGCUUCGAUUUGUAAAAAAAAAAAAAAUAAUUAAUCUAUUAUUUCUUGCUAAAUAUUCGCAUUUUCUCAAAAAUAUUUUCACAUAUGUUACCUCUUCUUAACUUGACCUUAAAUCGCGUUUAUCUGUGUUUUUAUUAUGUUCUAACAUAUCUGUGUUCACACAUGUUAUCUAUGUUGAGCUGCAGUUUUUGUUUUAUGAGCAAUGCUGUUGUAAUUUUGGCUUUAAACUCUGAGAGACGCUGUUGACUAGUGAGUGUUAGUUUCAUAUUUGAUGGUGUGGUGGUUCCACCCCAUCUUCUUCAUUUAUCAGCUCAACGCAUAACUGUGAGUUGAAAAACACGACAGGAGCACGGAUGGCUGACUGGAAAACCAGAAGAAUUUUUUUUCUAUUUUAAAGGAUUUCGGUCAUUCUGUCUGAUCGCGGGAUUUGUAUAAAAUACAUAACGGAGGACAUAGCAGCGUUCCGCUGAUUCAAAGAUGGUGUCGGGCACAAUGAGACGGCAAGUACUAUUGUUCGUGUGCGUCUUCUUCCUCUGCUCAGUUGCUGGACACGUUACGUAUUCUGUUCCAGAGGAAAUGGCAAAAGGAUCUUUUGUUGGUAACAUUGCUCAGGAUUUAGGUUUAGAUGCCAGAAGACUAAAAUCCGGAAAGGCUCGAGUCUUUACUCGAGACAGCACAGCUUACGUGGAGCUGAACAGAGAGAGAGGCUCUCUGCUGCUGAAAGAAAGGAUAGACAGGGAGGCGCUCUGUGAACAAAUGAUGCCUUGCGCGCUACAUUUUCAGAUACUAUUAGAAGAUCCUAUGGAGUUUUACAGCGUUACAGUCGAAAUCACUGAUAUAAACGACAACCCGCCAAUUUUUAGAACGAGAGAGAUGCAAUUUAACAUCAGCGAAUUCACGCAAAUUGGCACAACGUUCAUUUUAGACAGAGCAACUGAUCUCGAUGUGGGAGAGAAUGACUUGAAAGCAUAUGUUCUAAAACCAACUGAUAUAUUUUCUCUGAAAAGUAAUAAUCAAGGAGAGGGUGAAAGAAAUGUGGAGAUGGUUUUAAAUGCGCCAUUAGACAGAGAAAAAUAUGACCACCUCACUUUGGUUCUGACGGCGCUAGACGGCGGAGAGCCGCAGAUGACCGGAACAAUGCAGAUCCUAAUAAACGUUUUGGAUGCUAAUGACAACACUCCCGUUUUUUCACAACCUGUUUACAAAGCCUUCAUAAAAGAAAACGAGCCAAUAGGAACUGCGAUAGUAACAGUCACUGCAACGGAUGCAGAUGAGGGAUCUAAUAGCAGAAUAACUUAUUCUCUUUCAGCCAUGACAGAUCAGACACAUGGAGUGUUUAAAAUAAAUAAAGGAAGUGGCGACGUAGAAUUAAAUGGAAAAGUUGAUUAUGAAAAGACCAAAAGUUACCAGGUUAUUAUUCGUGCUAGUGAUGAUGGUGGACGUAUCGGAUCUUGUAAACUCAUAAUCAAUGUGGAAGACGUGAAUGAUAACCGCCCUGAUAUUCAUAUUAUGUCUAAAUCAAACGUGAUAUCAGAAGAUGCUAAACCUAACACGGUUGUAACAAUGAUAAAUGUUGAAGAUGCAGACUCGUCUGAAAAUGGCAAAGUGCAUUGCGUAAUUAAUGAAAGCAAUUACUUUGUUUUGAGGUCAACGUCAGACAAGUUUUAUAGUUUAAUGACAGACAGCGAGUUAGACAGGGAGAGAGCCUCUGAGUACAACAUCACGGUGAGCUGCUCUGAUGAAGGAGUGCCCUCCCUCUCCAGCAGCGUCACUCUCACCUUACAGAUCUCUGAUGUGAACGACAACGCGCCUGUCUUUGAGAGGAGCUCAUAUGAGGCCUACAUUGUAGAAAACAACACACCAGGUCUCUCUAUAUUCACAGUGAAAGCCACAGACGCUGACUGGAACCAGAAUGCCCGUGUUUCUUACAUACUGGAGGACUCCACCGUUAACGGAGUUCCGGUCUCCUCAUAUGUGUCCGUUAGUGCUGAUAGCGGAGUCAUCCACGCAGUGCGCUCUUUUGACUACGAGCAGAUCAAAGACUUCCGGUGUCACGUUAAAGCGCAGGAUGGAGGCUCUCCUCCUCUCAGCAGCAACGUGAGUGUGAAAAUACUGAUCCAGGACCAGAACGAUAACCCCCCUCAGGUCCUGUACCCGGUCCAGACUGGAGGCUCCGUGGUGGCUGAGAUGGUGCCUCGUUCAGCAGAAGUGGGCUAUCUGGUGACUAAAGUGGUGGCUGUUGAUGUGGACUCUGGACAGAACGCCUGGCUCUCCUAUAAACUGCAGAAAGGCACAGACAGGGCGCUGUUUGAAGUGGGCUUACAGAAUGGAGAAAUCAGAACUAUCCGUCAAGUGACUGAUAAAGAUGCUGUGAAACAAAGACUGACUGUUAUAGUGGAGGACAACGGCCAGCCCUCUCGUUCAGCUACAGUCAUUGUUAACGUGGCGGUGGCGGACAGCUUCCCUGAAGUGCUGUCGGAGUUCACUGACUCUACACACGACAAGGAGUACAAUGACAACCUGACUUUUUACUUAGUCUUGGCUCUGGCUGUAGUUUCCUUCCUCUUCAUCACCUGUUUGGUGGUUAUCAUCUCAGUGAAAAUCUACAGAUGGAGACAGUCUCGCAUCCUGUAUCACUCCAGCCUCCCUGUCAUUCCAUAUUAUCCACCACGUUACUCAGACACGCUGGGGACAGGAACUCUCCAACAUGUGUACAACUACGAGGUGUGCAGGACCACUGACUCCAGAAAGAGUGACUGUAAGUUCGGCAGAGCUGCUAGUCAGAACGUGUUGGUAAUGGACCCCAGUUCUACAGGAACCAUGCAGAGGAUACAUGAUGAGAAGAGCAUCCUGGAUGAGCCUGACUCUCCUUUAGAGGUCAGAUAUUACACUCUGUCAAACUACUACGUAGUCCAUCAUUUGUUUUAAACUUGUUGGCUGUGCGCGUAUUUCAGCACCUCGGAGAGCGACACCAUUGCACUCUCAGUGGUUCUUUCUUUUAAGAUUAUUUAUCUGCCUGUUACUACCGGUAGCUCGGGAUGCACUUUUAUGUCGCUCGCCUGGAAGCAGCAGUGGGACAUCCUGCCUGACUUUUUAAUAACGUUUUUAAAUUUGUCGGCAAGCCAUCCCUGUUUUCUGUAAUAUCUAUUCAAAAUUAAGUUUGCAAAAGCAAAUUAAAAAUCUUAUUAAGGUCAAGGUCAAGGUCACAUUUAUUUCUCAAGUUAUUAUUGCUUCUGCAACCCAAAUUGCUGUACAACACAGAAGAUAAAAUUGCAAGAAGUAUAACUAAAAACGAUAAAACCAUAAAAAUUAGCAAGUUUGGAUAAAAACAGCAUUACAUCACACAAUUAUACAAUCAUUAAAAAUGAGAAAGAGUGACAAUGACAAAAUAAAAUCAUCCUACAUAAAAGCAAGGUUGAAUAAAUGAGUUUUAAGCAAGGACUUAAAGACAUCCAGAUUUUGUCAGGUCCUGAUCUGCAGAGGAAGACUGUUCCAGAGUGUAGGACUGGCCACAGAAAAAGCCCUAUCUCCCCUCGUCUUUAGGCGAGCCUUUAGAACUGACCAUUAUUGCACAAAUAUUUAGGCAAACGUGUUCUACUGGAAAAACACGGAUUAAGUGAUCAGGUUGCAGCAAGGAGAUUCCCAUUUCUGAUCUAAGUAGCUGCAGCUACAUUAGUGGUGUGCAUCUCUACCUGCCUCACGAUUCGAUCCGAUUCCGAUUAUCUGCCUAACGAUUCGCUUUGAGUCUGACAUGCAUCACGAUUCUUCACACAAAAAUUUUCAUUACUUAAUAAAAGCAGUAGAA